AUGGCCUCGUACUGCGACGGCUCGGGACGCUGCCAGGCCCCGCACAGCCAGACCCGGGCAGCCGCUCACCCCGCGGGCUAUGCGCGCGGUGAUCUGGGCGCGGCGGGCGGUGGCCCGCGCCUGUGGCUGAACGCGCCAGCUCUCAGCUCCGUGCCCUACGCGCCGGGUCCCGGGUCCACCUCGCCUUACGGGGCCCCCGGCCCGCUCCUCGGGGUUCCCGGAGGCCUGGUGGGCGCCGACCUGGCGUGGCUGAGCCUGUCUGGCCAGCAAGAGCUGCUGAGGCUGGUGCGGCCGCCCUACUCGUACUCGGCGCUCAUUGCCAUGGCCAUCCAGAGCGCGCCACUGCGGAAGCUGACGCUCAGCCAGAUCUACCAGUACGUGGCCGGCAACUUCCCCUUCUACAAGCGCAGCAAGGCGGGCUGGCAGAACUCCAUCCGCCACAACCUGUCGCUCAACGACUGCUUCAAGAAGGUGCCCCGCGACGAGGACGACCCAGGUAAAGGCAAUUAUUGGACCCUGGACCCAAACUGCGAGAAGAUGUUCGACAAUGGAAACUUCCGAAGGAAGAGGAAGAGGAGAGGGGAGGCGAGCACGGCGGCACCCUCCGGAGCCCGGAGCCCGGGAGGAGCCAAGGCGCGGGAGCUGGAGGCCCUGGGCGCCGCCUCCCCGGACCUGCAGGCCGCCUCGUCCCCGCCCGCGUCCGACGCGGCCGCCUGCUUCUCCAGCUUCGCCUCGGCCAUGGGAGCCCUGGCUGGCGGCCUUGGGACCCUUCCCGGGGGCCUGGCGGGCGACUUUUCUUUCGGGAGAUCGACGACGGUCACUGCCCAAGGCCCCCAGUUCCCCGGCCCCGCACCCGGCUUCCCCGCUGGCCAUCAGACGGCGACCACAAGCUUCCGCCCCGGGCGCUUUGUCUACAGUCAGGAAGGGACCGAAGUUUGAAGGGAGGCCAGGGAU